AUGAUGAAAGGAUUUGUCGCUUUAUUACUCGUGUUCGCGGGUCUGAUCGCGGGUAAGUAAACUAAUAACUCGUAUUAUGUUAAUCGUUACGAAAAAAAAAAAAAAAAUAAAUAAACUAAUAUUAUUUUACGGGCGGUAUAUACGGAAUAUUAUUGAGCGAUCUGUUUUUUAUUCUUUCUCUCUAAAAUACCAGGACAUUAACAACGUUGAACACAGCGUACUUUUUUUUUUUCUACAUCGAAAUUAUUCAUUUCGGUAUUAUAACAUUCGUACGAACGAAAUUGUUAUUAUUAUUCACGAUUAGAGUUAGAUAUAUAUGUAUAUAUAAAUACGCGAUAAUUUAUUAUUCCGACUAGCCCAUGAGGUCUACUCGACCGGCAAACGAUCGAUAAAAACAUUAUAUCGUAUGCCCGUGCCCGCAGUAGGUUAAUAAAGUACAACGAUAUAAUAUUCUUGCAGGAGAUGUUUAUGUGUACUCGAUUCGGCGGGGGGAAAAAAACGCCCGAGAAAAAUGCAUAAUUUACGACGAAUAAUAUUUCAUUUUCGAUUCAAAUACAUUUUAUACAUACACGAGCAAAAAAAUUGCAAAAUAUCGUACAGAUAUUAUAAUAAUAGUCGGUACGGCUAAACGUGUCGAAAAUCUGUGAGACCACAGUCGAAAUUCCGUAAUACACGUAGGUAUUGUGAUGGCCAGUUUGGCGUGUGUAUCGGCCAACUCAUAUCCGGGGAUACCAAAAAGAUAUUCAGAUUCUUAAAAACAACUAAUUUAUUCAAUUCAAUAUAAUAUUAUCUUCAAACGUUUUAAACUACCCAUAACCUAACACUUAUCUAAAAAAAAAAAAGAAAAAAAGAAAAAGUGAAACGCUAAGUUAAGUAUUCAUUCUGUGUGUAAUAUUCAAGUGUACAUUCUGUACGUAAAUCAAUGAUAAAUAUUAAUAGCCAAUAGUCUUUGUUGUUGUGGCUCUAUUUAUAAUAAUAAUGAUUUAAAAAAAAAAAUAAAAAUAAUAAUAAUAAAAAAAUAUACGUUAGAACCGUGUGUGUCGUGUACCGGCAGUUCAAUAUUUCUCUGUCGACAAUUAGCGUACAUUAUAAGUGGCUCGUGUGAACUGCAUAAUGCCACUCAACAAAAAAAUCACAGAGCCGUGGCGCAUGCGAGUACUCGAAAACAUUGUAAUAUAGGUGUUGUUUAUAUUGAUCUCGUUGCGUAAAAUAUUUAUAAUAAAUAAUGAGCCGACAAUAUAUCGGGCGUAGGUGUUACGUAUUGUAUUAUUAUAAUAACAAUAACAAUAUCAAUGCGGAGCUUACUUCUAUAAGUAACCGUAGUCCGUAUAAGUACCGAGGGAGUCAGUCUGUCAAAACCUAAGGGGGCGACAAACACCAAACAGAAAUAAAACAACUUAAAAACCAAGAACCAACAAAAUUACUUUUAUUAAAUGACGAAACAAACAUAAACUUUACAUAUGAACAAUUAAACAAAUAUUCUAAAACAAAAACCGUAAAUUGCGUUUUUGCGAACUAAAUUUUCCAACUACUUUUGCAACAAACUCAGUGUCGCUAUGGACUUUUUGUCUAUGAUCACUGAGCAUACACAGUCCAUCCGACUUAUAUUCUCCCAUAGUACUUCUUGUCUUUAUCAUUAGAAAUAUUAAUUCGUUAUAACUAAAACAAAUGCAAAAUUUCAAUUUUCAAUUUUUGACAUGUCACCCCCUCGCACCCCUUGAUGAACGUCCUUGGCACUGAGUACUCAUACAUACUGGUUGUCCCGCAAGGAUUCGACAAAUGCAAUAUAACUUUUGUUUAGUUCAACAUUUUUGAUUUUUCUUUAAUAAGUAAAAAAGACUUGAGAUAUGAUGCUUCUAUUUAAUAUUUUUAUAUUUUUUUGCUAACUAAGAAUACAAAAUUUAAUUUUUGAAAAAGUUGUUUUUACAUAAUUCAAAAACGUCAUUUUAGAUAAAAUAUUAGUGUUACAAAUCGCCAAGACUAUAUAAUUCAUUGAAGUUUAUACAAAUCAGUAAUAAAAUUAUUUUUCAUCGAAAAAUUGGUAAAUCAAUGGAUAUUAGUUUUUGAAGUUUAAUAUAAUGAUUGGUGGCCAUUGUUGGAGGGUGAGAAGUUUGGAAGGUAGGGUAUAGGUGGGGAAUUUAGUUCAUAUCUGGAGCGAAGUUUCUUUUGUACAUGUACGUAAAUUUUUCCGUUUUUCCUACGUUUUUAUUAUGAAAACCACUUGGAAAAACGAAAAAAUGACCAGCUUGAAGUACCACCCGUGUACAAUUUUCUUCCUUUGAAAAAUAAAUACAAGAACAAAAAUCACUAUAAAACCGAUGCAAUCUUCGCUGCGCUCCGAAUUUAAAAAUAAAAAUAAAUACAUAAAUAUCGAACGACGAAAGUUAAUGCGUUUGCCGGGUCUUUUUGCGACUGCGAUACCCUGUACGUAUAAUUAUAUACACGGCUAUUACGCGCAAUAUAUACUCGAACAACGUAACCAAGUUCUUCCAUAAACUUCAAAGCCGUACAUGCAGUGCAUAAUUUACUGCGCGGGAGGUAUUAUUAUAGUAAUAUUAUACACAGUCGUAGUUUCUCUACGAGUCCGUAAUAUUUGAUAAUAUCACUCUAGUAAAUAUUUCGCAGGUAUACAACUAAAAUACAAGUAUAUUUGAUGAACGGUUUGCGCGGGUUAUAAUAAUACAUUAGGCAAACGGAAAUACGUGUAUAGUCGACGUAUUAUUAUUAAUAUUUUUUGAGGGGUACGUUAUCAUUGCGUUUUUUUCUAUUCAAAAACAUGUCUUGCGGGGAAAGCGCUCAUAUUUCGCAUAAUUCACUACAUUGUUAAAUUUCAUUUUUUUAUAAAUAAAAGACUUCCUAUACGGAGUGUGCGCUGAACUCCGUUUUUCAACAUUUUCGUCUUAAACUCUGAAUAAUAAUGCCUUACUGUUAAAAACAAUAAGGUCAACAUUUAAACUGUACAGUUUACCAACGUUUUUAUACCGUUGUUCGAAAUCAAAUGAAAAAUCCGAGUUCAAUGACGCCCGUAAAACACAUGGAUUGCGUAUAAAUAUGAGAAAAAAUCAGAUAGGCAAAUAUACUAUGCCGACAAUGCAUUCCUUUUCCCGUGAAGUAAUUUUCGUCCAUAAAAAAAAGGCCGUACUCUUUCAACCCCCGUCCUCUUAAAUAUGUAUCGGACAGUGGAUUGGUGGUAAAGUCUUUAUCUUAAAUUUUAAAAAAAUCGAAGAAAAUUCGAUACACCGGGCGUCACAAGAGAUCAAACAUUUCUUAUAAAAUCAUGUUGUAGAUAAUAAUUUAUACUCUAAGCCCCUGACGGUUUUCCAUUGUUAUUUGCUCGUCAAAAAUUAUUUGUAAUGCGGGUGAUAAAAUAGUUGUAUAGGUUUAAGAUUUUGAUACCGAACCGAGUAAAUUUAUUGGUUUUACUGCGGGUCUGCGGUGCAGGAGAAAUAAUGUAAACAUUUGACUCCAAUCAUCGACAUCGGGGGUAUAUUCCGAUAGCGAGUUUUGUCUAGUUGACACGUAGUUGGACAGGUGAGUUUUCGAUUUUCCUUGUGGUGUUCUUAAUAAUGGGGAAACCCCGAGAAAAAAAUAUGGGAAAAACGGGAAUAUUUAUAAUUUAGUGUCUGUUAGUAUAAGUUUCGUUUUGUUUUGUUUUGCUUUUUUUUUUUGCAAUUCAGUGAAAAAUAAUUGUCGAGACCUGAAUUUUGCACCGAACAAUGCUUGUAAUAAUAAUAUAUCACACUUUACAGACGCGGUACAACAUGUUUACAAAACAUGCUGGCGUUUUUCGAGUCAAUUACAGUUGUUUGAAGUUGGUUUUUUCGGUAUUAUGCGGACGGAAUUGAUUUGACACAAAUUCGAUACGACGCAUGGAUUCAUGAUAAUUAUUGUAUAGAUUUACUUAGUAGUAAAAUGCGUAAAAUACACGACCGUUAACGAUUUGAUUUGUUUCGUUAUUAAAGAUUUGCGUACUUUAGAAAACCAACAAUAGACAUUUAUCAAGCUAUUAUAAUACUAACCGGACUCCGCUCAGAAACGUUUUUCGUUUUUAAUGCUUUGUCGUUGCAAUCUAAAUCACCUUGACAAUAAUAUACGUAUCAUAAAACCUACCGCGUUUCCGAGACUUUUUCCUGUUUAUAGCUCGGAGAGUAUCGAUUUAUUCGAUCGAACAUUGUCGUCAACCAACCCCCCUCCCCUCCCUCCGCAGUCAGUCGGUGUGGUGCGCGACUAAACUCCCCGGGGACGGAGACCGUCGGGAAAUUAUUGUCGUUGGCGCUUUUGAUUUUAGGACUGCAGCCGUGGCCGGUCGACGACAACGACGACGACGCGUCAACAGCAGCAGCAGCCGCCGCCGCCGCCGCCGUAGGCCCGCGCACCGGGUGCCAUCCCGAGACGAUCGCGGGCCGGUACAAAUCCGCCGCCGGCUACCGCGACGCGACGGUGGGCCCGCGGCGGUACGGGUCGCCGGGCGUCGAUCGCGGCGAGGACACGGCGGCCGCCGGCAAAACUCUCGGGACGCCGCGCGCCGUACGCCGCCGCGGGCAGUCGAGGACCGCGCUUAGCAAAAUCGAAAAGUUCAUUUUGAUCGCCAUGAACGCGUUUUUCGAAAAGAUGGAAAUGGCCGGGCACGUGGCCGCGUUCAAAAUGAAAUACCUCUUCAAAACGCUGAUCAAGCCGCUGAUAUGA